AUGCACUGAUGUCGUCAUGAGUUUCCGCUCCGCCCCCUUUUAAUAAAGAUAUUAAGGACCAAGGUCUAUCCCCAACAACAAGCAACAAGCUCCGUGAUUUUGCCUCCUCUCUCGGACGACAUUCACACCUUUUAGAUAAUCAGGUAUUUCCAAAGAUGGCUUCUCAGGAGAAGACAGAUUCAUCUCAGCAGCAACUCCAGUUUGCGCCAUUCAGUAGUGCCCUUGACGUUGGGUUCUGGCACAAGCUUACUCAGAAGAAGCUGAAUGAAUACAAGCUGGAUGAUGGACCAAAGGACAUCUAUGGAUACUACUACAAUGGUGAUCCAGAUGGGCUUCCUUGCAGACUCUCUCUGGAAUUCAAUGCAUUUGAUCAGUCAGAGACAACUCCACCUCACUGUUUUUCUUCAAGAGGAACACUGGUCAACUUCAAUACGCUGGAUGCUUUCAAAACAUGUGACAAAAAGGCACUGCUUGAUGUGACAGCUGAGCAGCUAUGGGAUGACAUCAGGCAAGGCAGCGCUAUUCAAGAUCCAUCCUUACUGUCUCGGUUCCGGCUUCUGACGUUUGCUGACUUGAAGAAGUACCACUAUUGCUACUGGUUUGCCUUCCCAGCUCUCCUGGCACCAGAAGGAACUAAGCUCAUUCAGCCUCCAGAAAAGUUAGAUAAGGCUAUGGAUCAAGACAAGAUAACAGCCCUUCAAGCAGCUUAUGAUUUAGCUUCACAGUCAUUGGGUCAAGAACCAGCAUUCUUUCUCAUAUCCACAGAGGAUGACAAAACAGUGGUGCUACCCCUGACAGCGUGGGACCAGGUCACAGAUAAAUCUAAGGUAAUGUUUGGUUAUGCUGAUCCCUGUACCUUAGAGCAGUAUCCAGGAUGGCCUCUGAGGAACUUCCUUUGUCUCAUCUCCUGCCACUGGGCUUCUCAGCUGGACCAAGUGACAGUGGUUUGUUUCAGGAACAGGACUAGAGAAGGAAUCAGGAACAGUUCCCAUAGUUUGAUCCUCAGACUACAAGUCCCUUCAACAAGUCCUGAAAUAUCUUGUCCUAAAUGUGUUGGAUGGGAGAAGAAUCAGAGGAAUAAACUUGGUGCCAGGAAAGUGGACCUCAGCUCUAGCAUGGACCCUACAAGACUAGCAGAGACGUCGGUAGAUCUGAAUCUCAAGCUCAUGAGAUGGCGUCUGCUGCCCUCACUAGACUUGGAUAAGAUCUCCCAGACAAGAUGUCUUCUGCUCGGCUCCGGUACUCUAGGAUGCAAUGUGGCUAGAUGCUUACUGGGAUGGGGUGUUCGUACUAUCACCUUUGUUGAUAACUCUACAGUGUCCUUCUCCAACCCUGUCAGACAGAGUCUCUUUGAGUUUGAAGACUCUCUGGGAGGCGGGAAACCCAAGGCUCAAACUGCAGCCGAGAAGAUAGAAAAGAUCUUUCCAGGAGUAAAAACAAGAGGAGUGAGUCUGUCUAUUCCAAUGCCAGGACAUGCAGUAGGCACAUCAGAUGAAGCUAUACAACAAACUAGGGAGUCUGUUCAGAAACUGGAAGAGCUGAUUGAUGAGCAUGAUGUGGUCUUCCUUUUAAUGGACACACGAGAAAGCAGAUGGCUUCCUACCGUCAUCUGCAGCAGUAAGAGGAAGAUCGUAAUGAAUGCAGCAUUGGGAUUCGAUACCUACUUGGUGCUACGCCAUGGAAUGAAACCAGCACGAGACCAGCCGCCACCAGACCAAACACCAUCCUCCUCCUCAUCAUCUGAAGCAGCAGGAGGAGCAGUAGGAGGAGCAGCAGCAGCAUCAUGCUCAACCUCCUCCAUCAGUCUCUCUCAUAUUCCAGGAGAUAAGCUUGGAUGCUAUUUCUGCAACGAUGUUGUUGCCCCUGGUGAUUCAACCCGAGACCGGACGUUAGACCAGCAGUGUACAGUGUCCAGACCGGGCCUGUCCAUGGUGGCCGCAGCUCUGGUGGUUGAACUCAUGGUCAGCAUUCUACAGCAUUCCCAGGGAGCCUAUGCAUCAGCAGAGACCAGUGCCAAGGACUCUCAUCUUACGGUUGAUCUCACAUCACCAUUAGGUCUUGUACCUCAUCAGAUUCGAGGAUUCCUAGCCCGCUAUCACUGCGUCCUCCCUGCUAGCCUGUGCUUUGAUAAGUGUACAGCAUGCUGUGAUAUUGUCUUGGCUAGCUACGAGAGAGAAGGGUUUGACUUCCUGCUCAAGGUGUUCAAUAAGCCACGGUUUGUAGAAGAUUUGACGGGGCUCAGUCAGCUGCACCUGGAGAGUGAGCUGAUAGAGAUUCUUGAUUUCAGUGAUGAUGAAACAAUGAGCACAUCUUCUCAAUGAUUCCAGCAUCUAUCAUUCCUCAGACCGUGAGUGGACAGUGAUGUCACAAGAUGGCAGCCAGAUAAUCAAAGAGAGAGAAGUUCUUUAUGAAAAGAAAACAGAGAAAGAUAAAUUUAUCAAAUUGAAUGAGAUAUUUUUAGAGUGAUAUAAGCAUAAGGUUUUUUAUCAUAAUUUUAGUGUAAGUAGUAGAUUAACAGUUGCCACAGUCACUUCAGGAGUAGUACAUGUAAGUGGCUUCCUGGCAGGACUUUAGCUCUAUAGUUGUAAGAGCUAAAGCCAGAUAAUAAUUUUCAAAGUCCUUUUGAAGUGCAGUUACCAUUGAUAGUAUUGUAUUAAAAUGUGAUAUGUGCUAUAAAAGAAUUGAUUAUUGUUAUUAAUAUUAUUAUUACAUGAUAGCUGUGCAAGAUUUCUUUCUUUGAGAGAAUUUCUAAUGUACCAAUUCUGUAAGAGAAGUAUUACAAGUAAUUGUAUUAAAAGUAUUAAAAGUAAUAUAUUAUUAGUAUAUAUAUAUUUUUAGAGAUAAAAGCCAAAAAUAGAUUGUAGAAGGUAAAGAUAUCUUAAAAUUUAGAAAAGGUUUACUUUGAUAAUUGAUUAGAAUUCCAGAAGAUCAGGGAGAAUGUGAUCUUUGAAUUCAAAUGCUGAACCGAGUAUGAAAUGAAAUAUUUGUUUGUGUGUGUAUGAUAUGCACACAAUACCAUUUUAAAUGGUUAUGAGGUAAACCUGUAUGAUGGUAGCAUAGCUAGACAUGCAGUUAAGGGAUGAGUAUGAAAGAGAAUUAGAAUAGUAGUUGUUAACACCAUAGCUGCCACUGUCAUAGUAAAGUAUUUGCACUAAAGUGCCCUGUGUUCAAAUUUGUUUGAUCAAAUUUCCAUUUACCGGUAUGUGAUUGUUACGUUUACCGAUCUGUAAAGGCCACUUUGUAGACGGUUGAUUGUAUACAAAUAUGACCAUGAUGUGUAGAAUUACAUAAUUUUGCACCUUUCAGUUAGGUCAUCUGUUUAUAAGAUUUGCCUUAAAGGCAUCGUUGUUAAAUCUGAGAUGCAUGGCCCUACGGGUUAUCAGUGUCUGUGAUAUGGUGUAGUAUUGAAGCCCUAAAAAA